AUUCCGGGCAGCUUGGCGGUGUUUGUAUCUGGUGCCGUUGAAUUACUACAACAUAUAUUUCACGUUUCAAUCGCUCUUGAACCAAAAAUAUAACCCAAAUAUAAAAUGGCAAACUUCGUGUGCUUCGUGAUCCUUUCGUUGGCUCUGUUCGCCAGUGUUGCUGUGGCGAAACCAGGAUAUGCCCUGGAUUAUUAUGAUCAUCCCAAGUACGCCUUCAACUACGGCGUGGCUGAUCACAGCACAGGGGACGUGAAGUCGCAGCACGAAACGCGAGAUGGCGAUGUGGUCAAGGGUCAGUACUCCCUGGUUGAGCCCGAUGGCUCCAUCCGCACGGUGGACUACACGGCGGACUCCAUUCACGGGUUCAACGCGGUGGUGACCAAGUCGGGACCCACUGUGCACGCCCAGGCGGUGGUGGCCAAUCCGAUUGUGGCCCACAAGCCGAUCCUGGCCCACUACGAACCGCAGGUGGUGAAGCAUGUGGCUCCGGUGGCCCACGCCCCACUGGUGGUGGCUUCUCCGGCGCCUUAUGUGGCCAAGCACUAUGCGCCGGCGGCAGCUGCCCCCAUCCACUACGACUACGACGACGGCUACUACAACCAGGGCCAGUACGAGUACAUCCCGCAGUACGACCAGUACAACGGGCACUACGGCCACUACGCGAGUCCUUAUGCGGGCCACUACUAGGACUCCCUCCCAGCGGACCCACUUCGUAGUCGUUUAAGCCCACUUAGUUGUACGCCACCCGGAAACUCUACGGAUUCUCUCAGUGCAGCUUGCAAGGAACUUGAGAUCUGCGCAACGGAUCGAACGUAAGGGAACAACAUCAAGGUUAAUCUUACUUAAGUUAUGUAACAAAUUUGUAAAAUAAAGAUUCGAAACAUGUUUUUAAGUGGAAAUAUAAAAA